GGGUUCGUCAAUGAACAACAAACCAACUAAUAAAAAGGACUAGCCCAAACCAACUGAUUUGGGCCUGCCUAACGGGCGUCCUAUCUAUAAAUAACCGCCUGCCAAAGAAUCUGUUUCAACUGCACUCGCAAUUGUCCAGAAACCGACGUCACAUUUCAAUUUCCAACGGAAAAGCCCGCCAAAAUUCACAACUGUGUAACCGCAAUCAAUGGCGUCAACUCUCCGCCUCCUCGCCGUAAUUCUCCUUCUUUUCACCAUCACCAACACAACCGUCACCGCCGUGGAAGACGACGAGUUAGAGUCGAUGCUUAACGUACUCAGAGCCAGAGGCUACAACCUCUUUAGCAACGCCAUUGCCACUUCCGACCUCAUCUACGAGGUCCUCGCCGGGAAGUCCUUCACCCUCUUUGCUCCCACUGACUCCUCUCUCUUCACUCUUGACAUGACUAAUAUGGCGUCGGAUUACAUCUCCAUUCUCCGCUGCCACGUCAUCCCUCUCCGCAUGACCUUCUCCGACAUCUGCCGCUUCACUUCCGGAUCGUCACUCCCUACGCUAACUGCUGCUCGUCGAGCAACGGUCCGCGUCGAGAGCAGGAGCUCCCCGACUUCAUCCGAUGAUGCCGUCACCAUCGAUGGCGUCGGUGUUCUGUUGCCUGGCCUGUUUUAUAGCCGUAGUCUCGCAGUUCACGGCUUGAGAGGAAUUCUUAACUGUGCAUCCAAUCAAGAAUUGAAGACGGCUCCGUCGCCGGUGAACAAUGAUAGACAAGCGCAUCCACCGCCGUCGAAUUUCUCUUCUCCAAUUGAUUGGGGGAGUUCGAUAGAUGCCGAUGAUACUGAAGCGCCAUCUCUUUCUCCGUCGAAUUUGCCUGAUGAUGAUCGUUUCAACUCGCCCCUCAUCAAUGACAGUCAGGAGAAACAUUUGCCUUCUCAUUUCUUUGAUCACGUUUUGUCCCCGAGUUCCGGAUAUGUCGAUGAAGAUUCGAUUACUUCUACAGAACCUGAACCAGCUGUUAGCCAUGGAUUUUCUCCAGCCGAUUCACCGGCAGAACAAGUUAAGUUUCCAGCAGAGGUUUCUCCAGCGUAUGAUCUAUGGCUAGAAGUUCCAACUUCUCCACAUUUUGCUCCCAGCAGUGAACCUUUGCCACCGCCUGAAUUCUCAGAAAACGAUGAUCCCAUGGCUUUUCCACCGUCGACGGGUGAUGCGAUUGAAAACCUUGGUUCUCAUAUGGUGGCUACAGACUCAGAAUUAGGUUCCCUCAACGAGAACGAGCUGUCGCUCAUAGAAAAGGAUGGACGGCGAAGUCCAGUUUCCGACAACUUCCCGGUGAAUUCGCCAGAGGAUAUGGCAGAGUCGAUUAAAUCUCAGCCGUCAGAUGAGGCCGCUUUUGACUGCCCAGUGACUAAUGGAUAUGACCAUGUCAGCUUCUCCCCUGGCUACGUGUACACACGUAACCCAAUGUCUUGUAGCUGA